ACUGCAUCUGGCUCGGCUACUGUACCCGUUUCCACCGCGUCAGGCUCUGUCACUGCCUCUGAAUCUGCCGUUGCCCCGACUUCGACCGCUUUGGCGGGUUCGACAACUGUUUCCGGCUCGGUGAUUGCUUCCGAAUCCGCCAUCUCAUCUGGUUCCGCGACUGUGUCUGGCUCAGCUCCUGCGGCUGCUUCGACCGUGUCUGGAUCUGCCACCUCUGCCUCUUCCGCUGCGUCUGCCACUUCAACUGCUCUGAUCGCUACCAAGACCACGGAAGCUUCGGGCUCAGUCUCCGCAGCCCCGACUGUCGUUCCCACCAUUGCCCCGACUGUUGCCCCCUCCGUGUACUCUAGCACCAGCACCAGCACCAGUGCGACAAUUCCCUUGACUACUGAGCAGCCAACGACCACUAAGGCUGUUGCUGAGACCACCACUGCGCAAGCCCUCACAUCCAGCACAGCGAACGCAGAUGAUUGGAUGCCAUCCAGCAUUCUCAUUGUCGGAACCACGACUACUACGACUGAGCCCACGGGCACUGCCACCAAAGCUGCCACCACCACGACAGCUGCUGCGCAGCUUCCUGGCUCAAUCUCUCCGGCUGGAGGCAUUCCCAACGAACCCAAGAACUCGACCUUGAUCCAGAUCGGAUUCAAUGGCAAGCUUCGGUACAGUUUCGUGGCCACGACUCCCUUGUCUUCGUCGCAGAUCUUCACGUACGUUCCCCAGGGUCUCGAGUACGCCCUGUCGGCCAACGGCAGCGAUGUCGUGAUGUACGACAUUCAGCCGUAUGACAACUCGGCCAGCACUGGGUACAUCGCCACUGUUGCUUUGGCUUACAUCCCGUCGGGUGACGUGGACACCCUGUCGCAAAUGCUUCACAACCCGAUCUCCAAACUGUAUGAGCAGCCCAAUCAGACCGUCAAGACAUUGAUGUCGAUGAUCGAUCCCUCGAUUCCCCUGAUUGUUAGCGCCGGGUCGUCGUCCGGUGGCGGCUCAUCGGGGAGCAGUGGAUCCGGCAGCAACAAGGGUAGCGAUGAUGGAGGGUAUGACCAGUCGGAUGCCGGUACGAGCAGCACGGGCACCACCAAGGCCAGCGCCGUUGGCAUUGGUGUCGGCGCUGUUGCCGGUGCUGCCGCCUAUGGUGCUGGUAUGUUCUGGGUGGCUCGUCGGUACCGCAAGAAGCGUCAACUGCACCAGCGCAGCCCCUCGGCCGUGGAUCAGAUGAGCGAGGGCCGCGGAUCCGCUGCCCUUGCUGCCGGGGGUCGCAUCUCCCGUGGCAGCCAGAACAGCCGUGGCACUGGUCGGACACAAAUGAUCAGUGCGCCUGUCAUGGCUGAAAAUUCACUUGGAUGGAACUAG